AUGGAAGGAUUGGGUUCGUAUCUCGGAGAGGGAUGGAUCAGUGAGCGAUUUGCUUCUGGCGAAACCUCAACCACUUGGAAGAAGAAUAUCAUGACCGCAAUUCAACAGAAUCGACCGGUCAAUCCGGCCAAUUACUCACCAACUUCCUUCCACUUUAUUGCAGGUGGAAAAUCGAGAUAUAGAGAUCUGGAUGACUUGGAAUUUACCGAAGUCGCCGUCGAGAGAGAAUAA